GCAGGAAGAACAGGUUUCCGCAGGGUGACAGAAUUUCGCACAAGACCUCUACAGCGGAAGACGAAGAAAAUCAACCACGAAUCUUAUGACGUUGCUGACCACAGGAAAUCAUAAAGUGAAUGUCUGACGAUGACGAACAUUCAACUGAAAACUAACUUCAUCGCGGUAUAAGACUUCAGACGUUGACCUUCAGCAUUAAGAGCCAUAAUUUGGUUCAUCCUCUAUGAGAGGAUGUUUUCUGUUCCAGACAAGUUUCAUCCUCAUCCUACCUUUGACAAUGACAUCCUGGGCUACAACAUCUAUGCUGCUGGUGAUUCAGAUGAGAAACUUCAGAGUCGAUUCCAUCACAUGUCAUCUAACUGAAUACAACAUAGGAGAAGAGUGCUGUCCUAUGUGUUCUGCUGGCGAACAAGUCAGACUAGACUGUACAGAGUUUAAAACUACAUCCUGUCAGAGAUGUUCAGAUGGGACAUUUAUGGACCUGCCAAAUGGACUAAAGAGAUGCAAUCCAUGUUCUACCUGUGAAUCAGGAGCUGGGCUGAAGGAAAAGCAACAAUGUGAACCAUCUGCAGACACAGUUUGUGAACCAAUGGAGGGAUUCUACUGUACAGACCUUAAAUCAGGAGGUUGUUCUGUAGCACAGAAACACAGGAGCUGUGAACCAGGACAUUACAUCAGCAGGAUGGGAACAGCCUCCACAGACACAGAAUGCUCUGAAUGCAGCAGUGGAUCAUUUUCUGAUGGAACAAUGUUGUCAUGUCAGCCUCACACACAAUGUGAAAAAGAAAACCUUCAUCUGAUAAAAGCAGGAACAGCUUCAACUGAUGCUGAAUGUGGAGGAAAAAGUUACAACAUCACAGGAAUUGUGAUCGGUGUUUUGUUUUUGGUGAUUUUUUUAUUAGUUGCAGCAGCAAUUGUUGUUGUUGUUCUCUGGAAAACUCAAAAAAUUAAAAUACCAAACAUUUGUACAAAACGACAAAAACCCCAAAUGGACCAAGCAGAUGGAAAAGAACAGGGAGUCUGUUUAAAUGCACAUGGACAAUAAACACACUGAUGGUGACAAGCUACUAGCUAGUAGCCACAGCUUCCCUGGGGCAGUCUAACAGAAGUGAUGCUACCAAACAUUGACACCACCAGGUCCUCUGAUCAGCACCAGCAGGCAAGACGACUGAACUGUCUUGCAGAAGGACACAAUGACCAAGUUUGGUGAAGCGGGAAUUAAACCAGCAACCUGCCAAUUGCAGGGCGAAGUUUUACCACCAUCGUCAGUAAAUGAAUUACUCCAUGUGAAACCAACCUCAGACAUUUGUACAGUUUUAUAAAAAACCUGAUGAUCCACCAACUUUAAUAGCAUUUUAUUGAUAUUUAUGUUCUGCUGCACAGGAACCUGACAUGAAAUGUUAACAUUGCUAAUAUGUUUCAGAUUUUCUGAAAACAAAGAUUAAAAGACAAUUAAAAGAAUUGUUUUUCUUUUGCAGAUGAAAUGCACAAAUGAAUAACUUUAUACAUAAUAAAUUUCAUUUCAUUAAA